GUGUCUAUGCAUCUAUUUAUACGUAGGCGUCAACAGCUCGCUCUAGUAGAGCAGUUCCUCUUCUUCUUUUCUUCUGGGUCUUCUUCAGUUCACCCACCACUGAUUCAUCAUUCAUACAAGGAUCAGUCUGGUCUUACCUUACCCUCCUUCAAAAUCACCAUGCAAUCAGUCUCAGAACUCAGCAGCAACUCUCACCCUUCAAACCUCGACCACAUUACUCCCAUUGACUUCGAGUCCAUCAAAGAGGUGCCUGAGUCAUUCAUCUGGCCGUUGCUCAGUGACUACCCAUCCUGCAACUCAGCUGAUAUCGAACCAGUCCCCUCCAUUGACCUCUGUGACCCUAAAGCCACAAAGCUGAUGCGCCGAGCAUGCGAGCGGUCUGGUGUCUUCCAAAUCACCAACCAUGGCAUCCCCACACGCCUUCUUCACAAGCUUGAGUCCCAAGUCUGGCGCCUCUUCUCUCUCCCUACUGGCCAGAAGCUUAAGACCUUGCGAUCACCAGACGGUUUCACAGGCUAUGGCCUGGCUAACCAUUCUUCUUUCUAUCCAAAGCUUCUCUGGUCAGAGGGCUUCACCAUUUUUGGCUCCCCAGUUGAACAUGCACGCCAACUCUGGCCUCAAGACUACACCAACUUCUGUGAUGUUAUAGAAGAAUACCAGAAGGAGAUGAGCAAGCUAUCAGGGAGGCUCACGGUGCUCCUGCUUAAUUCACUAGGAUUAACUACAGAUGAUCUUGAAUGGGUUGGGGCGACCGGCGAAAUCAAUGGCGCACGCUCCGCGCUCCGGCUGAACUCCUACCCGCCUUGCCCGGAGCCGACCCGGGCUAUGGGCCUAGCACCUCACACAGAUUCAUCCCUGUUCACAGUUAUAUAUCAAAACGGCACCACUGGUCUCCAAGUGUCAGUGGAAGGGGUUGGGUGGGUAACUGUUCGUCCGGUGACGGGUGCCCUGGUUGUCAACGUUGGUGACAUUUUACAUAUCAUCUCUAACGGCCGGUUUGUGAGCUCGGUUCAUCGUGCAGUUGUGGACCGAGCCCAGCAUCGUCUGUCCAUUGCUCACUUUUAUGGGCCCCCAGUGAAUGCCCAACUCUCCCCAGCAAAGAAGCUGGUUGACCCACCGGAUCAUCCCAUUCUCUACCGGACUGUGACGUCGCAGGAGUAUCUUGCCAUCAAGGCAAAGCAUUUCGACAAGGCGCUAGCUUUGAUUCGCCAUGCAUAAUAUAUACAAGGGAUGAGAUUGAGAUAUUAAUCUUCAACAUUCAACUGUUGUCUGUUGGUUUGGUCUACAUUAAUAAAUAUAAAUAUAAAGAAUCGGUUCUUCUUAUCCAAUUAAUGUAAAUGUAAAAGCCCAGUCCCCGGCCGGCCAGUGGGGGAUCAAAUCAAAUAAUGAAAUUUAGCUAAU